CUGCUAGAAUCCCGGCCCGGGCUAGGGUUACUCUCCGCCUCCCCCAGCAUCUCGGUCCAGACGAGAAAAUCCCUUGUCCAAGUUUGCAGCAAGUGUACUUCCCCUGCGCGCAGAAGUGGGGGGUGUCUGAAAAAGCUUGUUUGAAGCUGCCCCCUUUUUCCGCACCUCCGCUUCGGAGCCCGGACGGGGACUCCUGGGGAUCGCUCUGUUCUGGGACACGGCUUGGCGACUAAGAGCGCUGUUUGGAACAGGUUUUGCUUCUUGGCGGGCGUGUGAAAAGCCGGGGAAAGAAGAUCGCGCUGCGAAUUUCAGGACUUCGGGACCUGGGUAAGAGUUUCCUAAACUCGGCGACCGACGCUGGACCUCGGCCGGUCUCUGGGUUGUUCUUCAGGAAAAAUGAUUAUCUCUUUGAACUCAUGCUUGGGUUUUAUCUGCUUAUUGUUGUGCCACUGGAUCAAGACAGCUUCUCUCUUGAAUCUUGAAGACCCUAAUGUGUGUAGUCACUGGGAAAGCUACUCAGUGACUGUGCAAGAGUCGUACCCACAUCCCUUUGACCAGAUCUACUACACCAGCUGCACUGACAUUCUAAACUGGUUUAAGUGCACACGGCACAGAGUCAGUUAUCGAACAGCCUAUCGACAUGGGGAAAAAACUAUGUAUAGGCGCAAGUCCCAGUGUUGUCCAGGAUUUUAUGAAAGCAGGGAAAUGUGUGUUCCCCACUGUGCUGAUAAAUGUGUCCAUGGUCGCUGCAUUGCUCCAAACACCUGUCAGUGUGAGCCUGGCUGGGGUGGGACCAACUGCUCCAGUGCCUGUGAUGGUGAUCACUGGGGACCCCACUGCAGCAGCCGGUGCCAGUGCAAGAACAAGGCUCUCUGCAACCCCAUCACGGGGGCUUGCCACUGUGCUGCAGGCUUCCGGGGCUGGCGCUGUGAGGACCGCUGCGAGCAGGGCACCUACGGUAAUGACUGUCACCAGAAAUGCCAGUGCCAGAAUGGAGCCACCUGUGACCAUGUCACAGGGGAGUGCCGCUGCCCACCUGGAUACACCGGAGCCUUCUGUGAAGAUCUGUGUCCUCCAGGCAAGCAUGGGCCACAGUGUGAGCAGAGAUGCCCCUGCCAAAAUGGAGGCAUAUGCCAUCAUGUCACUGGCGAAUGCUCUUGCCCUUCUGGCUGGCUGGGCACAGUAUGUGGUCAACCUUGCCCUGAGGGUCGCUUUGGAAAGAACUGUUCUCAAGAAUGUCAGUGCCAUAAUGGAGGGACGUGUGACACCGCCACAGGCCAUUGUCAUUGCAGCCCAGGUUACACAGGAGAGAGGUGCCAGGAUGAGUGUCCUGUCGGCACGUACGGAGCUCGCUGUGCAGAGACCUGCCGCUGUGUCAAUGGCGGGAAAUGCUACCACGUGAGCGGCGCGUGUCUCUGUGAGGCGGGCUUUGCGGGUGAGCGCUGUGAGGCGAGACUGUGUCCAGAAGGGCUUUACGGCAUCAAAUGUGACAAAAGGUGUCCUUGCCACCUGGACAACACUCAGAGCUGUCACCCCAUGUCUGGAGAGUGUGCCUGCAAACCAGGCUGGUCGGGACUCUAUUGUAACGAGACAUGCUCUCCUGGAUUCUACGGGGAAGCUUGCCAACAGAUCUGCAGCUGCCAGAAUGGGGCUGACUGUGACAGUGUGACUGGAAAGUGCACCUGUGCCCCAGGAUUCAAAGGAAGAGAGUGCUCCACCCCGUGCCCUCUGGGAAGCUAUGGGAUAAACUGUUCAUCUCUCUGUGGCUGUAAAAAUGAGGCUCUUUGCUCACCUGUGGAUGGGUCUUGUACUUGCAAGGCAGGCUGGCACGGUGUGGACUGCUCUAUCCGCUGUCCCAGUGGCACCUGGGGUUUUGGCUGUAACUUGACAUGUCAGUGCCUCAACGGAGGAGCCUGCCACACACUGGAUGGGACCUGCACGUGUGCACCUGGAUGGCGUGGGGAGAAAUGUGAUCUUCCCUGCCAGGACGGCACGUAUGGACUGAACUGUGCUGAGCGCUGUGACUGCAGUCAUGCUGACGGCUGCCACCCCACCACAGGCCAUUGCCGCUGCCUCCCUGGAUGGUCAGGUAUUCACUGUGAUAGCGUGUGUGCAGAAGGGCGCUGGGGACCCAACUGCUCCCUGCCAUGCUACUGCAAAAAUGGAGCUUCUUGCUCCCCUGAUGAUGGCAUCUGUGAGUGUGCACCAGGGUUCCGAGGUACCACCUGCCAAAGAAUUUGCUCCCCUGGUUUUUAUGGGCACCGGUGCAGCCAGACCUGCCCGCAGUGCGUGCAUAGCAGCGGGCCCUGCCACCACAUCACAGGCCUCUGUGACUGCCUGCCUGGCUUCACGGGCACACUCUGCAAUGAAGUGUGUCCCAGUGGGAGAUUUGGGAAAAACUGUGCAGGAAUCUGUACCUGUACCAACAAUGGAACCUGUAACCCCAUUGACAGAUCGUGUCAGUGUUACCCUGGUUGGAUUGGCAGUGACUGCUCUCAACCUUGUCCUCCUGCCCACUGGGGCCCCAACUGUAUCCACACGUGCAACUGCCACAACGGGGCCUUCUGCAGUGCCUAUGAUGGAGAAUGUAAAUGCACGCCUGGCUGGACGGGGCUCUACUGCACUCAGAGGUGUCCUCUGGGGUUUUACGGGAAGGACUGCGCAUUGAUGUGCCAGUGUCAAAACGGAGCUGACUGUGACCACAUCUCUGGGCAGUGUACUUGCCGCACAGGGUUCAUGGGGAAGCACUGUGAACAGAAAUGCCCUGCAGGAACAUAUGGCUAUGGCUGCCGCCAAAUUUGUGACUGCCUAAACAACUCCACCUGUGACCACAUCACUGGGACUUGUUACUGCAGCCCAGGCUGGAAGGGACCACGGUGUGAUCAAGCUGGUGUUAUAAUAGUUGGAAAUCUGAAUAGCUUAAGCCGAACCAGUACAGCACUGCCCGCUGACUCCUACCAGAUCGGGGCCAUUGCAGGCAUCAUCAUUCUUGUGUUAGUAGUUCUUUUUCUACUGGCAUUGUUCAUUAUUUAUAGGCAGAAGCAGAAGGGAAAGGAAUCAAGCAUGCCAGCAGUUACCUACACCCCUGCUAUGAGGGUAAUGAAUGCAGACUACGCCAUUUCAGAAACCCUGCCUCACAGCAAUGGUGGAAAUGCUAACAGCCAUUACUUCACCAACCCCAGCUACCACACACUUACCCAGUGUGCCACAUCCCCUCACAUCAACAACAGGGAUAGGAUGACCAUGACAAAGUCAAAAAACAAUCAGCUGUUUGUGAAUCUGAAAAAUGUGAAUCCUGGAAAGAGAGGCCCUGUGGUAGACUGCACCGGAACGUUGCCUGCAGACUGGAAGCAUGGCGGCUACCUCAACGAGCUUGGUGCUUUUGGACUUGACAGAAGUUAUAUGGGAAAAUCCUUAAAAGACCUUGGAAAGAAUUCUGAAUAUACUUCAAGCAACUGCUCCCUAAGUAGUUCUGAAAACCCAUAUGCCACAAUUAAAGACCCCCCUGUACUAAUCCCAAAAAACUCAGAGUGUGGCUACGUGGAGAUGAAGUCACCAGCACGGAGAGAUUCCCCAUACGCAGAGAUCAAUAACUCAACUUCAGCCAACAAGAAUGUUUAUGAAGUCGAACCUACAGUGAGUGUUGUCCAAGGAGUUUUCAGCAAUAACGGGCAUCUCACUCAAGAUCCAUAUGACCUCCCAAAGAACAGCCACAUCCCUUGCCAUUACGAUCUGCUGCCAGUCCGAGACAGUUCAUCCUCCCCCAAGCAAGAGGAUGGUGGCGGCAGCACCAGCAGCAGCAGCAGUGAAUGACACCAAGGACACUGGGUAGCUGUGGGAACCCUUUCUAGAACUGAAGUUUGGAUCGUUUCCAUCCUCAUGUUUGCCACCCUCUGUGAUUAGUUUUUAUCUACUUGGUAGGCAAUUGUUGGAUGUGAACCAGAGAGCUCUAAGCUGACUGAUCAUUGGCCCUUUUUAGUGCAGGUGGCUUGGAAAGAGAUGUUGAUGUCAGCUCUCGUUUCUAUUAGUUUUAGAAUUGUACCCCGUGAAGCAUAACUUCUUGUAAAAUCUUGGCUAAAAGCAUGAAUUUGCAAAGCUCCUUCCUUCAGAGACACGGGUUGCAGAAAACAUGGAUGUUAUUGUUUGAGAAAUUAGAUUUUAAAUAUCUUCUUUCUCAUUUCCAUUAUAAAGCUGUACCUAGGAUUGUGAGGCUCACCAUAAAAUUCACUCCGUGAAAGUUUGAGUCACUAAACAUAUAGUAGGAAAAGCACAUUGCUGAGUCCUUAUUCUUUAAUUUUCUUGUUUGGACUCAGGAAUAGAGGGAUAAUAUAAGCCUCAGAGGAAACAUUAUGUCAAGUGACAUAACUGGAUAGUCCUUAAAUAAACUCUAGAAUGGAGAUCAAGUUUAAAUAUGAAAUGUUUCAUAUUUAAAUGUUUUUAGAAUAAAGAAAUGUACAGAGUUAUUUUAGCAAUACUAGAAUUAUUGAAGAAAUUGUUAUUCCAUGACUUGGGUGAUUCUUCUUAGCUUAGACCUUUGACUCACAGAACCAUGACAUUAUUCCCAUCAUUGCAUCCAUCACGCACAUUCACCACUUAUGAUCUAUUGCAUAUCAAUUAUUUCAUAAAUAGAGAAAUGAAGUAAUUUUAUUUUUGAUGACUGGAUUCAAUGUGUGUAUAAUGUUUAGAAAAGGUUGUACAUUUCAAGUGUAAGAAGACACUUAAGUUUUUUAAGCCAUUGUUAGUAAUACAGGCUGUAAUAUAGGUUAAUAGAAUUUUCUUGAUUAAUUUUUCUCUAGAAGUGACAGAAAUAUUUUGUGCAUAUUUGAGAAAAUAGGGCACUUUCCUUUUAUUAAUAGUUGAUUUAGAGAAACUAUGCUUAAGCUGGUCUUUUGCAUUGCUAAUAUGACAUGUACCCCAUUUUUCUCUAAUUCAUGUUUCCAUUUAAGUUGUAUAUUCUGUGUUUUGUAGUGUUUGGAUUGUAAUGAAAAAUAUUAUAUGUUCAUUAUUUCGUGUAUUCUUGCCACUUAUCUUUUUUGUUUGAUAAAAAUGCAUUGUUCUUUUAUUUCUUUCGGAGGAAGGUGAAAAUAUAUAACUCAAUCUAUUGAAAUUGGUCCUUACUAAAAUAAUAUAAUAGCCAUGGAUGAAUAGCUUAAAAUUGAACUAGAUCAUUUUUUCCAAUGUUUCAAAAUGAAGUUCCUUUUGAACUGCAAGUUCCCUGAGUCAUUAUUAAACCAGGAGAAAGAGAAGAGGGAGAUAUUGUUCCUGAACUGUAGACUUUUCAUUAAUAUGAUCAUAAUUAAUCAUCCAAACUGGAAUAUUUUUAAGAGGAUAUGAGGGCAUUAUUAAUAAUUAAAUUGCAGUGGAUUUAAAUAUAGAUUGUUCUACACAAACCUGAACAGAUGCACAUCCUGUUCAUACUUUCACAGGAUAGUUUUUUACUCUAAAGGAAACUUUCUCAUGAACAUAAUGCUCUGAGACAAAAAUCCAGUUUCCAUUUCCUUGACCUACCUGAGCAAGCUAACUGAAGGAUUGAAAGGCUAAAUGAGGAUGCAACAUCAUAAGAGAAAAGCGGUGUUCAAUCUUUUGAAGUCAUGAAAUCUUACAUGUUAUUUUUUCUCAGUGAGUCAAUUAACAACUAUGUGUCUGUGUGCCUGUCCCACUGGUUCUAUACUUCAGGCAUUGUUCCUUUCAGUUCUUUGAAGGCAGUUUCUUCUAGGGAACCCCAAAAUUUAUGUUGAGAAGAUGAGGAAUUACAUGCAACAAAGCUUAGGAAAAAUUGAUUUAUUCCAACAAUUAGCCACUGCCAACCCUUGACUUGAGGCAUUAGGCCUCUGAACAAUGUGGAUCAGUAGCCACAAUAAGUCUUUUAGAAUAAGAAGAAAAACAAAACAUUUCUCUCCUUUUUGUUUUUUGUUUUUUUGUUUUUUGGGUCACACCUGGCAAUAUUCAGGGGUUUUCCUUUACUCCUGGUUCUGCACUGAGGAAUUACUCCUGGCAGUGCUCCGGGGACCAUAUGGGUCUCUGGGGAUUGAACCGGGAUCAACCACAUGCCCCUUCCCUCUUUUUUCUAAAGAAACAUCUGUGCAGUGUUCUGUGGUAAGUUUGUUUUCCACCAUUGUUUCCUGGAGAAAGCUUUUUUAAUAAAAAAUAAGAAAACUUUA